UCCAGAACCCCCCCCACCACCACCUCUCCCCAAGUCCCCCUGUUUCUCCAGAACCCAUACCCGAUCGGCUUCUGUGCUGACCCCCCUACCUCUCCCCAAGUCCCCCUGUUUCUCCAGAACCCAUACCCGAUCGGCUUCUGUGCUGACCCCCCUACCUCUCCCCAAGUCCCCCUGUUUCUCCAGAACCCAUACCCGAUCGGGGUGGUCCUUCUGAUAACCAGCGGUCUGUUCAUGUUCACCUUCAAGUCGACCCAGUUUAACAUGAAGGGCUUCAUCAUGGUACUGCUGGUAUCGUUCAUCGGCGGGAUCCGGUGGACCCUCACGCAGGUCCUGAUACAGAAAGCAGAACUGGGUAAAGUUCCCUCGUUGAGACUGCUGCCCAUCGAAAACAGCCCAGACCUGGAACUACCGUUAUUACGUCAGAAGGAAGACGAUGGGGAGGAGACAGCUACUGAGGACAAUGACGAAGAGUAGGAGAUUCUACUCUGACUCAAACAAAAUGGUGGACUGACUGUCAUGUUCCAGGGAGGCCAGAGGAACAGAAGGGAAGGAAUCUUACGCUCUUCUUCAGCCAACAUUCUCUUCAGCUUUUGUUCAAAAACUAUUGCAGAGUUUAACCAGCGGUAAACAGACAGACACCCUAAACUGUAUCAAAUGCAUAUACUGUUGCUGUCAGUGACGUGAAACAGGAGUUUUAACCUUAUAAUAUGUGAAGUGACCAAACCGCAGGUAACCUUAAUAAUGAUGGAAAUGUUUACUAGGAAUUAUAAUAUAAUAUGUGAAGUGACCAAACCGCAGGUAACCUUAAUAAUGAUGGAAAUGUUUACUAGGAAUUAUAAUAUAAUAUGUGAAGUGACCAAACCGCAGGUAACCUUAAUAAUGAUGGAAAUGUUUACUAGGAAUUAUAAUAUAAUAUGUGAAGUGACCAAACCGCAGGUAACCUUAAUAAUGAUGGAAAUGUUUACUAGGAAUUAUAAUAUAAUAUGUGAAGUGACCAAACCGCAUGUAA